UGACAUACCUCUACAUCCUCGCACCGCCCCUCAACUAAAGUCAGCUCACACACUCUCUCCUCAGGCAGACACACCGAGGGACGGUGGUGUUUGAAGAGGAGCCGUGCGUCUUUACGCUCAGAGUGUGUGUGUAUGCGUCCUGCGAGAGUUGAAGAGCCCGCUGCGCUCAGACAGGACAGGAGUGCUGGACCCGGCAGCAAGUGAUAAGCCGUCAGAGAGGAGGAAGAGGAGGUGGAGGAGGAAGAAGAUCCACCGGGCAGCUCGGUCAAUUGGCUUUGAUUUGUCCACCUCCACACGCGUCUCUCCCUGCUCAUGUUUACGCGCGGCUGAGAGGGAAAGCGCACAGGUUGGUUUAGAAGAAGGGUCCGGUUGAGCCCGAGCGGCUCCAGAGAUUUGACUAUAUAUCAUUUUUUUAUUUAAGCAUCCCUCUUUCUUCCCCCCGUCACCCUGUCCCCUCUGAGUGAGGAGUGGCAGAGGGCGCGGGAGAACCGGGUGGACGGAUCGCGGAGCUGCGCGCCUCCCCGGUGCCUGAUCCACUGGAUGCGGGAUGAUGGAUUAACAGACAUCUCCGGACCCUGCCGCCUUUUCUUUUUUGCUUUCUUUUCCACCACCCCUGUCCACCUCGGGAUUAUUUCAGCUCGCACCGACCUCCCCUCCAUCCUUCUCGAGAUGACCGAGGAAUGUGUUCUGCGGUGCGUCCUGAUGCUCUGCUGUGCGCUCCUCUCCGCCAACGCCAGUAACUGGCUGUACUUGGCCAAGCUGUCGUCAGUGGGAAGCAUCAAGGAUGAGGAGACGUGCGAGAGGUUACGAGGCCUCAUCCAGAGACAGGUUCAGAUCUGUAAGCGCAGUGUGGAGGUGAUGGAUGCGGUGCGUCGUGGAGCCCAGCUGGCGAUAGAUGAGUGUCAGUUUCAGUUCCGUAACCGUCGAUGGAACUGCUCCACGCUCGAGACAAUGCCUGUGUUUGGCAAAGUGGUCACCCAGGGCACCCGUGAGGCCGCCUUUGUGUAUGCCAUCUCAGCAGCCAGUGUGGCGUUUGCGGUCACGAGGGCCUGCAGCAGCGGAGAGCUGGAAAAAUGUGGCUGUGACCACAAUGUACAUGGAGUCAGUCCAGAGGGGUUCCAGUGGUCGGGCUGCAGCGACAACAUUGCGUAUGGUGUGGCCUUUUCUCAGUCCUUUGUGGAUGUGAGAGAGAGGAGUAAAGGCCAGUCGUCCAGUCGGGCUCUCAUGAACCUGCACAACAAUGAGGCUGGACGAAAGGCCAUCUUGUCCCACAUGCGUGUGGAGUGCAAAUGUCACGGAGUUUCGGGCUCCUGUGAGGUGAAGACCUGCUGGAAAGCCAUGCCGCCGUUCCGCAAGGUGGGCAACAUCAUCAAGGAGAAGUUUGACGGCGCCACUGAGGUGGAGCAGCGCAAGGUGGGCACCACCAAAGUCCUGAUGCCUCGCAACUCCCAGUUCAAACCUCACACGGACGAAGACCUGGUCUACCUGGAACCUAGUCCAGAUUUCUGCGACUACGACCCACGCACGCCGGGUAUGCUGGGCACGGUGGGCCGCCAGUGUAACAGAACGUCAAAGGCCAUUGACGGCUGCGAGCUGAUGUGCUGCGGCCGCGGCUUCCAGACGCAGGAGGUGGAGGUGGUGGACAGGUGCAGCUGCAAGUUCCACUGGUGCUGUUAUGUCAAAUGCAAACAGUGCCGCAAAAUGGUGGAGAUGCACACUUGCCGGUGAUGGAAUUGGGAGCGUAGAAGGCACUGCUGAUGGACAAAACAAACGCCCCCACACUCUUUAUCAAUUAACAAGGCUGGAGGGAGCAAGGAGGACUUGUGAAGCUCCUUCUUCUCCUGCUCCAUACCACCCCGCCCGCCUACUACUGGAAACAGACUGAGUGGCUAACAGGUCAAAGGUCAUUCUAUUCAUUUCAUGCCACCAUGUAUGGAUAUGGGUAGUUUAUGCAUGGGAUUUCCUACAAGGCUACAGAGGCAGUUUGUUUCUUCUCAAGUAGAGAGCAUCUUUCACUUUCAGUCCCCCUCCCUCACUCUCGUAUUUGAUUUGUCAUUGAUGCUUAUUAUUUUUGUAAUGUUUAACUUAUUUGUUGAGACUGACGGGGGGUGGACCUAGGAGGAGGGGACAGACAAGUGAAGAUAAGGGACAAAGUGGACCC